GUUGGCAUUCUGAAUAUGUUUUGUUUCUUUGUUUUAGAUCAAUGUUCUCCAGGCAAAGAAAAAAUUUGAAAUUUUGGAUGCGAUGCUGUCCUACAUGAACGCCCAGUACACUUUGUUCCAGCAGGGCUACCAUCUCCUUGAUGAAAUUGACCCCUACAUGAAAAAGUUGGCUGCAGAGCUGGAUCAGCUGGUGAUAGAUUCAGCCGUGGAGAAGAGAGACAUGGAGCACAAACACGCCAUCAUCCAGCAGAGGACUCUCAUGCAGGACUUCUCCUAUGAUGACUCUAAAGUGGAGUUCAAUGUGGAUGCCCCGAAUGGUGUAGUCAUGGAAGGGUAUCUCUUUAAGAGGGCCAGCAAUGCCUUCAAGACAUGGAACAGGAGGUGGUUCUCAAUACAAAACAGUCAACUGGUAUACCAGAAGAAGCUGAAGGAUGCCCUUACAGUGGUGGUUGAAGACUUGAGACUGUGCUCAGUCAAGCCUUGUGAGGAUAUCGAGAGGAGGUUCUGCUUCGAGGUCGUCUCCCCAACAAAGAGCUGCGUUCUUCAAGCGGAGUCCGAGAAGCUGCGCCAAGCUUGGAUUCAGGCGGUGCAGGCCAGCAUCGCGUCCGCCUACAGAGAGAGCCCAGAUAACUACUAUGUGGAGAGGCUGGACCGCACUGCCUCCCCCUCUACCAGCAGCAUAGACUCGGCCAGCGAGUCGCGGGAGCGCAGCGUCAAGGGGGAGAGCAUCCUCCAGCGCGUGCAGACCAUCCCCGGCAACGAGCUGUGCUGUGACUGCGGCCAGGCGGACCCCCGCUGGGCCAGCAUCAACCUCGGCAUCCUGCUGUGCAUCGAGUGCUCGGGCAUCCACAGGAGUUUGGGGGUUCAUUGCUCCAAGGUCCGGUCUCUGACUCUGGACUCCUGGGAACCGGAGUUAUUGAAGUUAAUGUGUGAGCUGGGCAACAGCACCGUCAACCAGAUCUACGAAGGCGCGUGUGAAGAGCUUGGCGUGAAAAAGCCUGGACCCUCAAGCUCAAGGCAGGAGAAGGAGGCCUGGAUCAAGGCCAAGUACGUGGAGAAGAAGUUCCUGAAGAAGCUGGCGAGCGGCGGGGAGGCCCUGGCGGACGGCGAGCGCAAGGGGCGCCAGUGGCACGCGAAGAAGUGCCAGAGGCGCAACAGCUCCACGAAGGCGCCGAAGACCCGGCGGAAAUACCGCCAGGACGCGGGAAGCGCUUCCCCGGCCACCCUGUCUUCAGCAGCCGCUGCUCUGGAGAGGAAGUUCCGCAGGGACUCGCUGUUCUGUCCUGACGAACUGGACUCUCUCUUCUCCUACUUCGACACCGGCUCUGGGCCUCGCAGCCCUGCAGGUCUGAGCAGUGACAGUGGGCUGGGAGGCAGCACAGACGGCAGCACGGACAUCCUGGUGUUUGGAUCAGUGGUGGAUAGCGUCACCGAGGAAGAGUGCGAGGUCUCGGAGGAGUCCAGCGGGGAGGCGGAGAUCGAGCAGGAGGCGUCGGACCCCGAGGACCCGCGGGACCUGCACCCCGGGGCGCUGAUUUACAAGGCGGCUCGGGCUCGGAACCUGCCUGUCAUGGCAGAGGCCCUGGCGCACGGUGCCGACGUCAACUGGGUCAACGAAGAAGACGAGGGGAAGAGCCCACUGAUACAGGCUGUCAUCGGGGGCUCCUUGAUAGCCUGCGAGUUUCUGCUUCAAAACAGCGCAGACGUCAACCAAAGAGACCUGCGAGGCAGGGGCCCUCUGCACCACGCCACGUACCUGGGGCACACAGGACAGGUGUGCUUGUUCUUGAAAAGGGGAGCCACUCAGAACGACGGUGAUGAAGAUGGCCAGGACCCACUGAGCAUUGCUGUGCAAGCUGCCAACGCAGACAUCGUCACCUUGCUGCGUCUGGCUCGGAUGAACGAAGAGAUGCGGGAGUCGGAGGGUCCCUUCGGACAGCCAGGUCAAUACCCCAGCAGCAGCCCCACUGAGCAGCAGUAUAGGAAGUGCAUUCAGGAGUUUAUCUGCCUCAACAUAGAUGAGUGUUAGACAGCCUGAGCCCUGUCCACACUGGAGUGGGGGAGCGGAUAGCUGAGAAACUUGCCGGUGCUGUCUGGGAUCUAGUGACAAACUUCACUCCUGCUAGACAGCCGACCCCGUUCUAACUUCUAGCAGAUGGUGUUCCUGAUAGGAGUCUAGGAAGACUUCGCCGACAUUGUUUUGUUUCUUUUAAAGGCUUAUUCUUUGCAAUAUUCCUUCUCCAAUUCCGUAUUAGGACACCACUUUGUUGAAACUGACCUUCAUAGUAGCCCCCGAACCUCCCCCCCCGAAACCAGGCUUUGAGACUACAAAGAUGGGGACAAGAACACAAAAAAAAACCCAACAUAAAGAGUCUUCAUCACACCGCUGCUGUCCCUAGGGCUGGCCAGAUAACUGUAGGCCUACAAUGACAUCCAUAAGUACCAAUGUCCUUUAGCUCUGCUGCUGGUACUGUGGGAUUGUACUGAGCUAAGCAGUGGCGGUAUAUUUCACGUGAAUCCUCUUAAACUUGCACUAUGCUACUUUCUUCUCUAUGAAGGUUGUAGUGGUGUGAGGAGAGCUGAUCAACAACCGCUAAUUCUAUGUCCAGAUAUAACAAGGAAAUAUCUGAAUUUAGAAAAACAAUUUAGUUCUACCAAGUCAUUCUUCCUUCUUCUUCUGUGGUGUAAACACAUGGGUCAAUGAUACAUUCUUACACGCUGUGUAAGGAGGAUCCACUGUGCGAAAAAUUAUAUUGCCAUCACGUCUGCCUACAGCCUUUUGGGAUGACAUACAGUACCUGUCCUCCAAACUAGUGUUGAAGAUCAGCCGGUCUUUCUUUAUGGCCAAAUAACUGCCAAACAGAGGAUUUUUUAUUGUGGCCAUGUGUAAAACGCAUUUUAAACUACCCGAGUGUGGAGCCUAUAGGACACCUGUUCUGUAAAGUCAAAAGGGACCAAUAUUCCAAAUACUUCACUUUCAGCUCAUCUGUUUAAGCACCCAGGUUUGUGGCCAUGUUUUACACCAUCAUGGCAAAUUCAUUUUUGAGGAUGGCAAAUGCAAGACUUUGUGGUCUCAAAGCCUGCUAUCGAUCAUUUAUCUGAAUCACUGCUGCUUUGCAAACGAGCAGUUUAGUGAUGUGGCCACAGCUGUACUGUGGCCACAGUAGUUCCCCUUUCCUGUCACUGCUGAGCAGACAAAAGACAGCAAGUAUUCUGCCCCCUUAAAUCAGCAAACUGUGGUUUCAAAAGGAAUAUGUGCACUGUAAUAUGCUGCUGACUUCAGACGUCUUAUUUUAGAUGGGAAUCUCACUUCAGUUACGCUGCUGUGCAAAAGUCUUACACAUUUUUGACUGUUGUAUCUGUUGUCUUUGUUUUUUUUUAUUUUUUAGCGAAAAAUACGAUCCUAUGGUGAUCUUCUACUGGAAUGGUAGUCAUUUAUUUCAGCUAGUAGUUAAUACACAUAGAUCUGUAUUAUCUGCAUGUACAAAACCGAGCCUUUCAGCUUUUAUGAAUGUACAGUAUAUAGAGGGGAACAAAAAUGUUAAUGAAAAGGAAAACCUGACAGCGAGUCAGUUAGAUCUAAUUGGUAAAUGUGACCUCGCAGCUACUUCGGCUCAUACUUGUCCUGUAUAGAUGACAGAGUGGACAUGAUCAGGUUUUUGAAGAUUGCUAAAUGACCAGCUUAGUUUCUUCUCAUCCAGUGUUUCGCUGUAGUAAAAACAGUGCAUUUUGCUGUAAUCGUUGAAACGCAAGUGGAAUAAGUUGUUGACACAGUACAUAUAAUGGUACUCCUAAUCAUGUCUCAGAUCUCUAAGACUUUUGCAGAGCAGCUUUUUGGGGAAAAAUGUGUGUGCGAUAAAUCCACUUGAAAUGACUCUUUAACAUCUUAUUGCUUAAAUUACAUAUAUACAUGCAACGUUUUAAAUCCUGCAUAUGUUCAAAACUGUGUUGUAGUGGCAUGAGGUGAUUUAUUUUGUGUUUAACAAAAAUGAUAUACAUCAUGAACAUUGUUUGGAAGACUAAAAGGAAAUAGAAUCAGCCAACAAGGUGAGCUAGGCCACUGAGCGAGAUGUAGAAGAUUUAAAGACGUCCUGAAGCAUCUGAGGGUCAUUCUUUUAAAAGUGUGUAUAUAUUCUGAUAUUAAGUCUUGGACAAGACUAUUUAUUUAAAACAAAGUAUUAGUACAUUAUUUAGAUUUUAUGUAUAAAUCAACUUUGUGCACUUUUCCAACCUACAGUAUUUUUUGUUUUGAUAUUUUAAUGUUUUAUUUUUACUGCGUGGGGUAUUUUAAUGAAUAGUAGUGUUUUUUUUGCGUGUUUCUUAAUUUAUGUUGAUAUGCCCAGAGGACUAGUGCAAUGUCUUAUUUUAAUACAGGAAAACUGUAUUUCUUGAACUUUUCUUUAAACACCAUAGAUGGUAUUUUUUUAAACUGGAGGUAAUAUUUGUCCUUUUUUAAUGGGGACCCACUCGCAAUGUCUCUUUUACAGACAUUUUUGGGUUACGAGUACAAACUGGUUCUUCAAAUUCUACAGUUCAUAGAAAAUAUUGUAGGGCGAAAGUAUUUAACAACACGAAGCUACUGGGUUUUAUAAAAAAAACAUUACUACAAAACUAUAGAUUUUUGAAAACAAGACUUGAUACUUACCGUUUACAAAUUUUUUGGUCCACUUUUAAAAAAAUUAAAGUGCUUUCCAGUAAUAUGAGAUGUUAUCAUGUUGACCAUUAUCAAAGCAUUUAUUGCAUAGGUUAACUUUGUCCCUAUAUUAUAGAAGCACUAAUGCCAGCUUAUUUUUUUCUUUUUUUAAAUUGAUCAUGUGAUACCAAAUGUUGAGUUUGAAAACUGUGCAUAGCAUUAAGCAUCAGAGGCUAAGUGACAUCGUCUUUGGUCCAAAAGAACCCACAGUGCUGUUGAGUUGGUUCUGCCAGUUGGAGAGUUAAGGUACUUCCUUAGACAUCUUCUGCUGGGGUUCUACUGUAAUUCAAAAGAAGAAAAGUCCAAAUUUCACCCCCAGCAGAAUAAGAUGCUAACAUAAUGUGGGCCCAGAAAAAUGAUUUCCAGAUGGACAAAAGAAUCUAUCCUGUGUUCCCCAUCAGGAACAGUCCUGCCCAGAUUAGCAGUACAGAGUAAAGUAACUGUGGAGCAAUUUAAACUCUUCCACAUCUUUCAUCUGUGAUUUUUUCCUAAAUACAAGAGUCCUACAGGACUUAUGUAGGAUUUUUGUUUUUCUUUGGGGUUGGACAAUCCUGUCCUGACAUUCCAGGGUGGCCCUGGGGUUUCACCUUCAAUCUGAAUUGUUUUAUUUCACUAAUAAAUCACCAGUUUUUAAGUCUUAGAAAAGUGGCAGCACAUCCUUAGGAGGUGAGGACCUCCGGACCGGAGAUGCCCAGCUAUAUGAGAGAUUUCUUGGAUUAACCAGAUGACACAAAUAUGGUGUCUGCAACCCCCCUCCCCUGCUCAGGCCUCACAUGUAUCCUACUAAUGGAUAGACAUUAAAAUAUGAUACAAUAUCCAAGUGCUCCAGCUGUACUGCAGCAUGUGAAGUACUGUACAGCCCUUGGUGAAGUAACAACAUUUUUCAAUGUUUUGACUUAUUUAAAAAGUUAGGACAAAGGCCUACAAAUACGAUGAGGGUGACUCAGUUGUGCGGGGGGAGGGAAGAAUUGAUCAAUUAAAGUAUGAAACGUAAAACCUGAAGUAAAUUAUUGUAAUAAAAACACCUUUCUUGGGAAGGUCGAAGCUUGAAUCUUACGUUUCUCUUUGUGUGUUUGUUUAAAGACACUAUUUUACCAUGAAAACCAUCUUUGGACAGCAUGUAUUUAAUGUAAAUACAGGGCAAGAACCAUUCAUUAUCAGCUUAAAUUACAACACAUUGUUCUUUUGCAGACACUUGUGAGGAUACAAGAUCAUGUCCUUUUACUGCUGUUCCCCCCGCCCGACAGCAACCAAUAAAUGCACUUUUCACUUGACUCCCAACAAUUCAUAUGAAUGUCAUGAAAGAGAAAGAGGUGAAAGUUGUCGUUUUUGCUUUUUUUUUUUAAGACGUACUUUUUAGCAAGUGAGAUGACAGUGUAUCUUUCCCGCAGUACAGAUGGAAGGACCGUAAAAUAUAUCGAGGUAAACUUAAAAAAAAUAAAAAAUAAAAUAAAAAAGUGACCAAAACUGUAAGGUGUACCACACAAGCAGAAGUGUUUAGUGUUGUAUCUUUGGGUGUGUGUUUUAAUGUGGGUGUAGAAGACACUUCUUUAAACAACUGUGCUGUAAAUAAGCUUAAAGCAUUUAACUCUUUGCCUGCUUUUGACAUACAUCUGUGAGCUUUUCCUGUUUGUUUUUUAUUCCUUUUCGCUAUACGAUCUGUACAGUAUCUUGGAGUAUUGUUGGAGAACUCUGUGGUCUGUCUUGGAAUAUCCUUGUAUAAUUUACACAGCUGCUCUGUCUUGGGUUUGGUUUCUUUCUUUUCCCGUUGUCUUUGAAACACUGAACAAUAAUAAAAGAAAAAAUGUGGAUGAACUUAA